AUGGUUAGUGUAAUAAAAACUGAUAAAAAGGCUAUGAAGAUUGGUUGCUCAAGUUCAAUAUUUCUAUGGGUGAAAAUGGUUCGUACAAAGAAGUCUUCAAGUGAUUUCAGAAAAUUUAGCAAACAGUCCAACAAGAGGUCUGAAGUAAAUAAAAAGACAACAAUCUAUGCAUCCAACGCUGCUUAUUUUAAGAAAAACCGUGUGACAGAACAUGAUGAUGAUGAUGAUGAUGAUGUGAAUGAAAUUUUAUCAGACAAGAGGAAAAAUGUGCGAAAUUAUGUAGAAUUAGGUUUAGAAUCUCCAGAGGCCUCUGAAAUGAAUGGAUCACUUCGCUAUAACUCAAAAUUGAUUCAUAACAAGAAAAAAUCCAAUGUACGAAGAAACACUAAACUUAUAGCUCUAAGAGAGAUUCGACAUUAUCAAAAAAGUACAAAAUUAUUAAUACCCAAAGCCUCUUUUGCUAGAGUGUGUAGAGAAAUUUUCCUGCAGUUUGGUGGACCCGAUUUAAGAGUUGCAAUAUUAGCUUUGGAAUGCUUACAUGAAGCUGCUGAAUCAUUCCUAGUUCAACUUUUUGAAGAUUCCUAUUUGUGCACUUUACAUUGUCAGAGGACGACAUUAAUGAAUAAGGAUCUUCGUUUAGCCCGCAGGAUAGUUGAGAACGGCAUUUUUACAUCUUUUAACCAAGAUGGUUUGGAUUUUACUGUUGAGUUGUUAUUUGGUCUUUUCCCAAAUCUUCAGGGGAUGCCCAUUUUGACUCUCUGCGCCGGGUACCUGCUACUGGAGACAAAUAUUAACCUUUACACUGGCCACUGGUACUUGCGGGCUCCUCGAUUUGUGAGCCCCUGCGCGGGGGACGUCCCACCUGCAGCCGACGGUGCGCAGCACGGCCUCCCCGACCAGCGCGUCCACGAAGUCCACGUAGUCCCGCCAGCCCUUCGCCCCCACCGGCGCCCCCGCCGGCGCCUCCAGCCCGAACAGGCGCUGGUUCUCCUUCAGCAGCUCCUGGAUCUGCGCCGCCCCUGA